UUACAGAGUCUAAAACUGAAGUUGUUUGACAGCCAUUGAUGACUGAUCUGAGCUCACAGUUUCACAUAAAUUCCAAAACGUGGAGACCCAGCGUUUCCGCCAAUCUCGACUUCCUUCUCCGACUAAACUCUCCACCUAUUCAUCUUUAUCUUUAUGCGGCUAUUCGAUAAUUCAACUUUUAAUAUUAUAAUUUUUUUUUUUUGCAUUAAGAUUGUCGUUGGAAAUAUAAUUUUAUCUUAUUGUCAAAGGCUAAAAAGUCUUCUGGGUUCAGUGCUUUUUUAAGUUAUUUCUUUCAUCAGGCUUGGUAUUUAUAUCCAGUAUUUAAUAUAUAGAUUCUGGCGUGACGUUAAAAGAUGAAAAUUUUAAUGUUAACUAAAUUUAUAUAGGUUUAGCCGACAAAGAGUUAAGAAGGUGGUAAAGUUUGGUCUUGGUUCAUUGAACCUGCCCGGGAUUUGGGUUGUUGCCAGUAUUCUUGUUAUUCAACAAAACCAUAAAAGAAAUAUGAGGACCGUCGAGUUUGGGGGAGCCAGAAGAAAAGUUACAGGUGGCUUGAGAGAGAAAGUGAUUUUUGGGAGGCAAAGACUUUUUUUGGGCUGUGGGGUUUUGGUCUUAUGAUCCACUAUCAAUGGCUUUGGUGAGAAGCAUAUGAAGGAGGAGAGGGGGAAAACUCAAAGGAAAAGAGGCUCACCGAAGAGUGAAAGGUUAGUGUGUGCUUCUGGUUUUCUUGCCACUGUUGUCGCCUGUGCGAUCAACUCAACACGUUCUGAGACUGAAUAUUUUAUUAGAACCUAUAUAAGCAUCGUCUGUAAGACUCCAUUCAAAUCAAGAGGGAUCUGCACAUUAGGUCCUUAAGCUUCCUAUCACUUUGUUGUGGUUAGCUUCGUUUUCUUUCACCAUCAGUAGUUCCUCAGCGUUGUUAUUUCGUUGCCAUUGAAUUAGUACUCCUAAUUUUCCAUGGAUCCUUCAACCGGAGAGGUUGAAACAAAAGAGAUUGAUAUUAAAAGUGAGUUAUCUUCUCAACGUUACUCUCAACGAUACUCACAAAAUGAGCCUUAUGUGCACAAGGUGGGGAUUCCCCCUAAACAAAAUCUAUUCAAGGAAUUCAAAACAACUGUUAAAGAAACAUUUUUAGCUGAUGAUCCGCUGCGUCACUUCAAGAAUCAACCAAGGUCGCGUAAGUUCAUCCUUGGCAUCCAGGCCAUCUUCCCCAUUCUUAAAUGGGCAAGGAAUUAUAAUUUAUCUAAAUUUAAAGGGGAUGUCAUUGCCGGUCUGACCAUUGCAAGUCUCUGCAUUCCUCAGGAUAUUGGGUAUGCAAAGCUAGCGAACUUGGAUCCACAAUACGGGCUGUACACCAGUUUUGUUCCACCUUUGGUUUAUGCAUUUAUGGGUAGUUCAAGAGACAUCGCCAUAGGACCAGUUGCAGUGGUAUCUCUCCUGUUGGGGACUCUGCUUCAGGGUGAAAUUAAUUAUAAAACAAAUAUGGCAGAGUAUCGGCGUCUUGCUUUCACUGCCACAUUUUUUGCAGGAAUUACACAAGCUGCCCUUGGAAUUUUCAGGUUGGGUUUCCUGAUUGACUUCCUAUCUCAUGCUGCUGUCGUGGGUUUUAUGGGUGGAGCUGCAAUAACCAUUGCUCUCCAACAGCUUAAGGGUUUUCUGGGCAUCAAAAACUUCACUAAGAAAUCAGAUAUUGUCUCGGUGAUGAGAUCAGUGAUCAAGUCAGCUCAUCAUGGAUGGAACUGGCAGACCAUCGUUAUUGGAGCAAGCUUUCUAGGUUUCCUUUUUUUUGCAAAGUACAUUGGAAAGAAGAACAAGAAAUUUUUCUGGGUGCCAGCAAUCGCCCCGUUAAUCUCUGUAAUUCUGUCAACAUUUUUUGUAUUCAUAACCCGUGCAGAUAAGGAAGGUGUUCAAAUAGUAAAUCAUAUAGCAAAAGGAAUCAACCCCUCAUCUGUGAAUCAAAUAUAUUUCAGUGGUAAAUAUCUCCUUCAAGGUGUCAAAAUUGGUGUGGUUGCUGGCAUGAUAGCACUGACGGAAGCUGUAGCAAUCGGUAGAACUUUUGCUUCCAUGAAGGACUAUCAAUUGGAUGGAAACAAAGAAAUGGUAGCACUAGGAGCAAUGAACAUUGUAGGUUCAAUGACUUCGUGCUAUGUGGCCACAGGCUCAUUUUCUCGAUCAGCAGUAAACUACAUGGCAGGCUGCCAGACUGCAGCCUCCAACAUUGUCAUGUCUUGUGUUGUAUUUCUAACCUUAGAGUUCAUCACCCCUCUUUUCAAGUAUACUCCAAAUGCAAUUCUUUCUGCCAUCAUUAUAUCAGCUGUGCUUGGCCUAAUUGACAUUGAGGCAGCAUGUUUGAUAUGGAAGGUAGACAAAUUUGAUUUUGUCGCCUGCAUUGGAGCCUUCUUUGGAGUAGUUUUUGCCUCUGUUGAGAUCGGCCUUUUAAUUGCGGUUUCCAUAUCCUUUGCUAAAAUCCUCUUGCAAGUCACCAGGCCCCGGACAGCUCUUCUGGGAAAGAUUCCUAGGACUGCUGUGUACCGAAACAUCCAACAAUAUCCAAAUGCAACCAAGGUUCCUGGUGUCAUGAUCGUCAGAGUUGAUUCGGCAAUUUACUUUUCGAACUCUAAUUAUGUUAAGGAGAGGAUAUUAAGAUGGUUGACAGAUGAAGAAGAACAAAAUAAAGCAGUGGGUGAACAUAAAAUCCAAUAUUUGAUAGUUGAAAUGUCACCUGUUACUGACAUAGACACCAGUGGUAUCCAUGCCUUGGAAGACUUAUACAAGAGUCUACAAAAGAGAGACGUUGAGCUUGUUUUGGCAAACCCGGGUCCAGUGGUGAUUGACAAGCUUCACGUAUCCCAGUUUGCAAACAUGAUCGGGGAGGACAAAAUCUUCCUCACAGUUGCAGACGCAGUUUCAUGGUGCUCUCCUAAAACACCAGUGGAAGAGGUUUGAUGAAAACAACUGAAAUAGCAUUGGGAGAGAGGACGAGAGUGUAAAGUGGAGUGUGAAUGCCAAUAAUGGAUCAAUGACGGAAAUGUCCAAAGAAUUCAAUCCUAGUUAAAUUUGUAUAUCAAGGAAGCUUGUUUUGAAGUGUAAUUUAUUCAGUUAUGAGAUUAUCAAAAUGUCGUUCGGAGAAAAAAGAACUGUUAUUUGCUGGGAAUGGGGGGUAAUAUUGGAAAGAAGGAUAAAAAGUUGUCGAUGAGGUAAGACGGCUGCACUUCACUAAAAAAGAUACUUUUUGAAAGGAAUGAAUGUAGAGGAGAAGAGGGCUACAUUCACUCUGUGGUUGAUCCAAAUCCAUAAAAUUUUUUUAUUAAAAAUAAUAGUAUUGAUGCAUGUAAA